AUGCACAACUCCUUCGACAUCAAUGCGGCCGUCGAACACGAGCUCCAACGCGAUCGAAUCCGUAUGCCGCCUCCACCUCCUCCUCCACCGUUUUUCGCGCAUCAACGCAGCAGCAGUUGUGAACGCGUGGACGACAAUAGCCUUGUCGCCUCCGCCGAGGUUUUCCGACGUGGUCACGCCGAGUCGUUCACUUCCCGCGACGCCUCUGUUGGCAGCCAUUGCCCUCCUUAUAACUACCACCAACAGCAUCAUCUUCAACAGGGCUUCGCUUCCCCGAGUCGAGGUCGCAUGGUGCCUGGAAACCGAUUUUCGGAGGUCUUUCCCGCCUCCUGCAUGCCUCCGCACCAAGAAGUUGGGUCUGCGGGGGAGCCCCAGGAUGUGCACACCGCGGGUUCCCUGGGUCGCAAAAAGGCCGCUCCUGCGCCGCCCAUGCGAACGACGACGUUGCGGCCCGAGGAACAAUCCGAAAUGCUCCCGACUGGACUUCAGGUUUUUACUGGAGACCUCCAUGGCUGUUCGAGGGUUGUUGACGAUCACCUACCAUCCCCACCUGAUGUGGUUUGCGGCAACCUGCAUCCUCACCCAGGAGUGCACCAGCUUCCUCAAAGCAGCCCACCCUGCGUCCCUGAGGGCCAUUCGUUGAUGACUUCAUCAGCUACUUUCACGACCUCGCCAUUAACCGGAGCAAUUCGUCGCGCAGUCCUUCCAGUGCCGCCUCAACGCUCUGAAUCGACACGCAGUCAGAAGUCGGUGAACGACUUUGCCUCGCAAGUCUCCUCCCAUCAGCCAUCAAAGGCAAGUCCCCUGAAGACACAUCUUACGCACUCGCCUCCCAAUGGCUUGGCUACCAACCCUGAUUUCCAGAAUGAACUCUCCUCUCGCCUCAAGCGCCAGUUGGAGGGCUCCAAGUCUGCGGUUGCCUCUAACCGUUCACCGGGUGUCAGCACGCUUCCCAAGCUUAAACAGCCGGCAGAUGGUGCCCUCACCGCGGAGAUGAUUCAAGCCUCCAAGUCGAAACUAAAAACGACCUCCACUCCGGUUGUGUCGGAGCCACAAAGUCCACCUCUAGCACCGUCAGUGCCUGCGUGGAAGGAGCUGGUCGUCCAAAGGAGGCUCAAAAAUGCUGAAGCUCCUGUCGGGAAGCGAAUGAGCUGGACACCAACCUCCAACACCUCGGCGGGUUCCUUCAAGGCGCAACAACCACCAAGCGUUGAGUCCUUCCCGGAGGAAGAAGACGAAGACCUUCCUCCAAUCAUGUCUCAGUCGGUGACGUAUGGAAACGGGAACGAAGGCGCACCCACAACUGGACCUCUUUCCUACGAAAACCUCCUGAAACAGGUCACAAGUCUGUGCGCCGAUCUCAAUCUGGCGAAAGUGAAUCUCCCGAAUGAACACAACAGCGCGCUGGUCGACCGCAUUGAGGGGCUGAAACACGCGUGCCUGAGUUAUGUCGAUGAGGCGGAUUGUUCCGCCCACUCCAAAUUCCGCUUUCGUGAUGAAUGCGCACGCCUCCAAACGGCUGCAGACGCUCUGAGGGCGGUGUGCAGUGUCGGAGGCAAGCCAUCGUCGAGCUCUGAUUGCGGUGGUCGUCGAAAGACCUUUCAAGCAGCCUGCAAUACGGUUGAAGCGAUUCACCAGACCCUGUUGCGGCUGCCGCCGUCAGCGUCGGCUGUACCCGAGGCAGCAGACGAUUCGUGUAUGAGCGCUGGAGCCGUCUAA